CUUUCCCGUGAUCUCUUCAACUUCGAGGCCACUUCUCAGGUUCCUGAAAGGCUUGGAAGUUACGUUGUGUCUUCUAAAAAGGCUCAAGCAAACUGGUAUGGAAAAAUACUUGAGGCAUGGAAGCAAGCUAAGCCUCGGCCUCAGACCGCUGAUGAAGCCGCAAGUCUUGUUAUCGCGACUUUGAAGGGUCAUAAAAAAGCCGAUGUUGAGGGGCUUUUGUCUUUCUAUAGACUCCCUUUGUCUCCUAAUCUCGUUGAAGUCUCCACUGAAUCUCAUGUUUCUGCACCUAAAGGUGUUCGGUUUGAGCUCCAUACGCUUCCGGUGGAUCAAAAAUCUGUGGCAGAUGGAGAUACUGUUACUGUGUAUGUUAGUAGCAAAGACCCGAUUGUGUCCUCUACACUACCUAAGGAAGUGAGUCUUGCAGCGGUUAAAAGAGCGAAAGCGCGUGAGAAGAAGAAUUAUACAGAAGCAGAUGCACUUCACAAGAAGAUCAUAGCUUCUGGUUACAGGAUGAUAAAUUAUCAGAAUGAAGAAGUGCUUGCUAAAAAGUUUAGAAUUAGACUAAGGGGAAUUGAUUCACCGGAAAGUAAAAUGCCCUUUGGAAAAGAGGCGCAUGAUGAGCUACUUAAGAUGGUUGAAGGAAAAAUCUUGAAAGUGUUGGUUUAUGAAGAGGAUCGUUAUGGAAGAUGUGUAGGAGAUAUAUACUGCAAUGGAAAAUUUGUUCAAGAAGUCAUGUUGAAGAAAGGUCUUGCAUGGCAUUAUGUAGCCUACGACAAGCGUGCAGAGCUUGCAAAGGCAAGAUUUUGUAAAAUUCAGUGGGAAAAUGAGGCUAAGGAGAAGCGUAUAGGUUUGUGGUCAUCUACAAAUCCAGAGAAGCCAUGGGAGUGGAGAAAGAACAAACGUGGAGGAAAC